AUGGUAAAGGAGAGCGGGCAGCACAUGGCUGAGUUUGUGGACAGUCUGGGAUACUAUGGCCUCGGUCUCCAAGUGGGGGACUUUGGUUUGGACAUCUACCUGACACAGCUGGUAUUUGGAGCAGUGGAGGUGCCUGCCCGUCUUUCUAGCAUCCUGAUGAUGGAGAGGCUGGGUCGAAAGUGGAGCAUGUUGGGAGCUCUGACUCUGGGUGGCCUCAUGUGCAUCAUCAUCAUCUUCAUCCCGGCAGAUCUUCCCGUGGUGGUCACAGUGCUGGCCGUGGUGGGGAAGUUUGCCACGUCUGCUGCCUUCACUAUGUCCUACGUGUACACUGCUGAGCUCUUCCCCACUGUCAUCAGGCAAACGGGCAUGGGGCUGGUGAGCAUCUUCUCCAGAAUCGGCGGCAUCAUCACACCGCUUGUGAUGCUGCUGGAGCAGUACCAUGCGGCGGUCCCCAUGAUCAUCUUCGGCAGCUUUCCCAUCGGAGCAGGCCUACUGUGUGCUCUGCUGCCAGAGACACGGGGCCAGUCCCUGAAGGACACCAUCCAGGACCUGGAGCAGGGGCCUCACUCACGGUCCUCAAAGGCACUGCCCCCAGAAAAAGAAAUUGUGGCCACAGGAAGGGCUUCCAACCCAAGGAUCGUCAUUAUCAACAGCUCGUACUUCUGA